AUGACCGAGAUCCUGAAACAGAAGGACUCUGAACUGACCAACUUCAAGAUAGCAGCUGGCACGCUUGAUGCCAGUGCGAAGAUUUACGCCGUGCGCGUGGACGCGGUCCAUGCAGAUACCUACAAAGUUCUUGGAGGCUUAGGCAAGGACUCGGCACCUACAAAAAACGUGGACAGCCCAGAAGGAGAAGACAGUGCAGCUCCUGAGUCUGUCAAGACGGUUCAGAAAAAGAAAAAGCACUCAUUCAAAACUGUUGAGCAGAACUUGAAUAACAUCAAUGUGUCGGAUGCUAAUCGCAGAUGUGAGGUUGAUCCCAUGUUCCAGAAAACAGCUGCAUCUUUUGAUGAAUGCAGCACAGCUGGCAUUUUCCUCACCGGGCUGCGUACCCAAAGUUGCCACAGUGAGCUCCUCUUUGACUCAAAGAUCGUGCCUCUCCCUUCUUCAGAGACACUCAUGCUGCCAAACGCCGAUCCUGUGAAAGUGACAGAUUUAAAGCCCCUGCUAGCACAGUGCAUUGAAAAACGCCCCAUCUGCUCUUCGCUGGCUGGUUUCCAGUUUACAAAGUGGGAUGCUGAAUCCCAUGAUGAGUCGGUGUCAGCCCUGUGGGAUAAAUUUAAGAAGAGCGACCAAGCGUUCGAUUUCAAUGCGGAGAUAGACAGCGAUGCGGAAGACUGUGUUCCCACUCUGCCAGGUGAUGACUGCAAUUCUGACUCUCCCAGGAGCGCAGCAGCAGACAAGAUUGGGGAAUUCACAGAAAACCUCAGCUCCUUUGGAACGGUCCGCAAGAGCGAGAGAACUGAUGCCGUUCCUUUUGGAGAGGGAGACAUCGGGUCCAUGUGCCUUCAUCUCUCCAUGAAACCGGGGGAAUAUUCCUACUUCAGUCCCCGAACUCUGUCAAUGUGGGCUGGCCCAGAGCACUGGCGUUUCAAACCUCAACACAAACGUGCUGACUCCGAAAAAGAGGCCAAGAAAAGGAGUGUAAAGAAAGCAUUUGAAAUAAACUUUGAUGAAGAUAUUGACUUUGAGGUGUAUUUCCAUAAGACCAAGGCAUCUGUAACUCUAGCCAAAUCCAUUCUGGAAAGCCAGAAUGUGAAGAGCACCACUCUUCCCUCAGACUUCAACUAUGACCCUAACAACAUUCUCCAGCUGUUCCUCAAACCAGCUGUUAAGCUCUGCAGGAUGUCUGAGCCGGACAGCUCGUCGGAUCACGAAGAUGAGAUCGGCGAGUACGAUUACAACAAC